CUAGCAUAGCAUCUGAUCUAGCGCAUCGUCUUUUUCUCCUUCAAUGGCUACUAUCCAAGACGACAAGACAGUCACUGGCUAUCCGGUUCAGCCGGGUCAAGUCCCUACCGGUUACCGAUCCGCUCCGCCCUAUCCCUUCCCACCACCACCACCACCACCGGAGUUCCACUACAACCCCCAGCCCGCUGGGCCCAAUAAGCCCACCUCCUUCGUCCGCGUCCUGAUGGGAUUCUUCGCCGUAUCUGCAGUCAUUAUCUUAAUAACCUUCUUGAAUUGGCUGGUGAUGCACCCUAAACUCCCGGAGUUCAAGGUCGAAUCGGCCACCGUGUCCCUACUCAACGUGACUCGCUCCGAGUUAACGGCCACGUGGGACAUCAGCCUCCUCUCCACCAACCCCAACAAGAAACUCAGAAUCAACUACGACCACGUCGAGGCCUCGAUUGUCUACGGCGACCACAACCACAUCAGGCUCGGGAGAACGCCGUUGCGUCCCUUCGUUGUGAACCAUAGGAACCAGACACGUAUAGACAUGAAACUCGGAGCGGUGAGUGAAUGGGUCGGCAAUGACGUGGCGAAUGAAAUCUCCGACGACAGGUCUCGGGGAUUGGUGACUUUUGGAGUCAGGCUGAUGGCUUCUGUGAGGUUUAAGUGUGGACUAUGGCUGUCGAAAUCCCGUUUGUUGCUGGUCACCUGCGAUCGGGUCGAUUUAGGGUUUUCUCCGAAUAAUGGGACCGGCUCGUUGACGGGUCAGUCGAGGGAGUGCCGGGUUCACUUCUAUUCAUUGUUUUGAGCUGUGAGUAAGAGUUAGUAUUCAGAUGGUUUUCUGGUAAGCUCAAACUUUUUGAAGCAAUUGGGGUCCUUGUUUGUGAUUUUGAGCUAUGGAUUAUAUGGGAGAUUUUCUCGAUUCUUUGUUCUGUUUUGCAUUGUUAAUACAGUGCCUUUGUUCUUUCAAACUAGAUUUUAUUACUAGAUGCUGAAGUUUAUAUUCUGAACAAUUUGCAUUGAGUUAUGAUAUACUAGCUAGUUGUCUCCGAGCAUUGACUUUGAAGAUAAUAUCUUUCUUGUAGUGGCGUAUUUCCCUGCCCAGGCCUAUGUAGUGACCUCAAUCAAGCUAUUAUCUUCCUUGCUUUUGUUCAAAGUAGUGAAGCUUCAAAAGAACUAUAAAGCAAGUUGUUUUUAGUAUUGGAGUUGUGGUUUCCAAGCUUUCAUGCUAGAUCAUUUCUUUUAUGUGCUUAAUGCUGGUUUUAGUGCUCAAGUUGUCAUUCUAUAUGUGCUGGUCAAGUCGAUGAUAUUGGAAACUGUAUAUCGUUCUUCCUAGGAACGCUGAUCUACUAGCGACUCCCAGGUGGUGGGAUUUUGGGAAUAUAUUGAUAAAUUGCUGAUGUCUUUGCUUUUAGGCUUUAGUCAUGUAGUGGUCUUCCAUAUCAGUUCUAGUUAUAGGAAUUUAGUUUUUAUGCUUCUAUGCUCA